AUGUCAAAGCAGGCAGCGGAGGAGUUUAAAGAAAAUGGUAAUCGUUAUUUUCAGCAACACAAGUAUGAGGACGCUAUUGGUUUUUAUAACAGAGCAAUUAUCAACAACCCAAAUAGUCCUACUUACUUUACUAACCGUGCUCUGUGCUUCAUGCAAAUGAUGCAGUGGGAAAAAGUUAUGGAUGAUUGCAGGAAAGCUUUAGAACUGGACAGAAAAAAUGUUAAGGCCAAUUAUCUGUUGGGUCGUGCCUGUCUGCAAAUGGGGCAGUGUGAAGAAGCAGUUAAAGUACUCAUGCGAGCGAAUGAUCUGGCAAUUAAUCAGAAAAUUAACUUUGGUGAUGCGAUUACGGCGCAGCUUCGUGCUGCAAAAAGGGAUCAGUUUCGUAAAGAAGAAGAAAGAAGGAUUAGUCAGGAGAUUGAAUUGCAAACAUAUCUAAACAGUUUAAUGGAUCAAGAUUUGGAGAGGCGGCUGUCCGCACUGCGAGAAAAGUGGUCAGAAGUCAGGACGGAAGGUUCGGAAGAUGGACAAAUGAAAGAUGGCGAGACUUUACAAAAUGAGGAGGAGUCAGUUACCGCAGAAAUACAGACCAAAAAGGACAUGUUGGGAAGUCUUUUCGCGCAGGUUGAUGAUCGGCGCAAAAAGCGAGAAGUCCCUGAUUAUUUGUGUGGUAAAAUCAGUUUCGAAAUUUUGCGUGAACCGGUUAUAACGCCUAGUGGUAUCACUUACGACCGGGCAGAUAUAAAGGAACAUUUGCAAAGGGUUGGUCAUUUUGAUCCCGUCACUGGAGUAGUCGAUCAUUUCUUGUCAGAAAAUCAAUGGGCGAUUGACGCAUAA